CCCGGGUUGCUCGUGCCGUGCCCCCGUGCGGUUGCGGCUGAGUGAGACCUGUGAGUUCCCUUCUCCGGCCGCCAGCCGCCGCCUUCGUGGGCAACCGCGUAGCCGACACACGGAAUCGCCACCAGCGCGGCGGUCCGCAGCCCGCCCUACCGCACCCCUACUAGUCAUCCACCGCAAGUCCUAAACCUUCUCUUGAGCCGAGCGAAGCCGCCGCCGGGAAGCCGUCCGGGAUGGGAUACAACCGCCACAGGCGCGGCCGCGGAUCCUCCUCCUCGUCUUCGCGCCGCGCCAAGCAAGAAGCAUCCAUGGAUGAUGGUCCUGGGACGUCACUUCCAAGGCAGGAAGAAGACACUGAAGAGGAAUUCAAAGGUUCAAGAAUUCAGCUCGCAAUGUGGGACUUUGGGCAAUGCGAUGUUAAAAGGUGUACUGGUCGUAAGCUUUCAAGAUUUGGGCUUCUAAAGGAGUUGCGAGUGACCAAUGGUUUUGGUGGUGUUGUUCUCAGCCCUGUUGGGACACAAUGUGUAUCUAAGGCUGAUCAUUCUAUUGUGCAAAGAAAAGGAUUGGCUGUGGUUGAUUGUUCCUGGGCACGCUUAAGUGAUGUCCCUUUUGUGAAACUCCGCUGUGGUGCUCCUCGUCUCUUGCCAUGGUUGGUAGCAGCAAACCCUGUGAACUAUGGCCGCCCAUGUGAACUGUCUUGUGUGGAAGCUUUAUCAGCAGCCCUCAUAAUAUGUGGGGAGGAAGAUACAGCACAUUUACUGCUAGGGAAAUUCAAGUGGGGCCACGCAUUCUUGUCGCUAAACAGAGACCUCCUGAAAGCAUACUCCCAAUGUGAAAGUGGCUCUGAGAUAAUCAAUGUGCAGAACUCCUGGUUAUCAAGUAACUCGAGUGUUCCAAAGCCACCUGUAAAUGAAAAAUCACGUCGAAGCACAGAGGAAGGAUCUGAGGGUGAUUCUGAUGAUGAUUUGCCACCUCUGGUGGAGAAUUUGAACCACUUGAACCACAACCAAGAUGAGGAAAGCGAGGAAGGAUCUGAGGGUGAUUCGGACAACGAUUUGCCGCCUCUUGAGGAGAAUUUGAACCACUUGAACCUCAACCAAGACAAGGAAAGCGAGGAAGGAUCUGAGGGUGAUUCUGAUGACGAUUUGCCACCUCUUGAGGAGAAUUUGAACCACUUGAACCUCAACCAAGACAAGGAAAGCGAAGGAAGAAAGUAAAAGUGACUAAAAAGGAAGAGUUUAAACGGUGGGGUCUUCAUAACAGUUACAAAAUAAUUGAGCAGAAGUGGUAUAAGCGCUUGCUGUGAAACAACCCACGGUAGCAUCUUUCAGUAUCUGAUCUGAAUAAACUUCAGUUGUCUUUUCGUCUGAAUCAUGGAUUCAUUCAUGGUUGAAAAUGAAUCCUUGUACAGCUGUGGUGCAUACCUGUGUAGCACAAGCUAUGGAAAUAGAAGAGGGCCCUCGUAACUUGAGAAUUAUAGCGUGCGAAUUUUUUGUGCCCCGUACCCCCUUUCCAGAGCUUUUGAAGCUCUACAUCGUGAGUUCUUUUGGCAAUGGACGGGUCCAUGUGUGAAAACUGAAAUUAUUAUUCGAAUAAAGCAAUGAAGAUA